AUGGGAAGUAUGUGGAGUCAUGAAAAACAUGAUGCGUCGCUGUCAACAAGUAUGGAAAAACGUGACAUAUCAUUACCGAAUCCGAGAGAUUCUGGUAAAUUGGCAUUCGUUUUACUAAAUGUUUUCACACCCGAUGAAUGCGCUGAAUGGAUUAAAUUGACGGAAACUCGUGGUUACUCACCAGCGUUGGUGAAUAUCGGCACAGGAGAAGUCCUGAUGACGGACUUUCGAAAUAACGAUCGAUGCAUCAUUGACGAUGAGAACAUGGCUAAAAUAUUAUUUGAACGUAUUCAGUGUUUCCUGCCGGAAACUUGGAAGGAAUAUAAACUGGUUGGACUUAACGAACGACUUCGCUUUUUGCGAUAUGAUCCAGGACAAAAAUUUGAGGCACAUAUGGAUGGUGUUUAUCAACGUCCGGAUGGAUCUGGAGAACGCAGUUUCAUCACAGUUCAACUUUAUUUGAAUGAAGAUUUUCAAGGCGGUGAAACUACAUUUAUCCAUAGUCUCGAACCAAAGAAAAACGUUCGCUGCAUUCCACGAACAGGAAUGGUACUAAUAUUCCAACAUGAUUUAAUACAUGAAGGUUCAGCAUUGACAAAAGGUCGAAAAUAUACACUACGAACUGAUGUAAUGUAUCGGCCAUAA